AGAAAAAAGAGUAAAGAGUAUGGGGGCUUUGGUACCAGGAGUUAAUCAGACUGUGCUUCUGCUGGGAGGAGGAGCUGCGUCACUGAUCUGCGCUGAGACUCUGCGGCAGGAACACUUUGGAGGCAGAAUCAUCAUGGUCACCAGAGACGAACUUUUACCUUACGACAAAACACGACUCAGCAAGGUAAUGAAUGUACAGAGCGACAGUAUUCUGCUGAGGAGGAUGGAGUUCUACCAUCAGUACGACAUCGAGGUGUGGCUCCGGAAAGAAGCAGUGUCAGUGGACACGGACAAGAAGACAGUCACAUUUGAUGAUGGUUUAGUCCAGAGCUAUGACCAGCUCCUCAUCUCAACAGGCUGCAGAGCAAAGGCUCUGGAUCUGCCUGGCACGGUGUUGGACAACAUCAAGAUGUUAGAGACACCAGAGGACGCUCGGCAAAUCCACGCAGCCUGCCUGGGUCACAACGUCGCCCUUGUGGGAACUUCUUUUGUCGGUAUGGAAGUUGCAUCUUAUUUAAUAAACAAAGCCUCCAGUAUCACAGUGAUCGGCAGCAGUGAGCUGCCGUACCAGAACACACUGGGACGGGAAGUUGGCAAAGUCACCAUGACGAUGCUGUCAGAGAAAAAUGUGAAGUUUUACAUGAAUGACAAUGUGACGGAGAUCAAAGGUGUGGAUGGCAAGGUGAAGGAGGUUGUGCUUAAAAGUGGAAAAGUUAUUCCAGUUGAUGUUUUGAUUGUUUGUAUUGGCAUCAAAGCAAACUCUGAGUUUCUGCGGAGCAGCAAAAUACAGCUGGACCCAAAAAACUUUGUAACAGUCGACAAGCACAUGCGCACCAACAUCCCCAGUGUGUACUGUGGAGGCGACCUGGCGACCUUCCCUCUGGCGAUGGCCAAAAACUGCAUGGUCAACAUCGGACACUGGCAGAUGGCACAAGCACACGGGAGGAUAGCAGCUUUGAACAUGCUGGAUAAACAGACUGAACUCAACUCAGUUCCUUUUUACUGGACCGUCCUACUGGGUAAAACCAUCCGAUAUGCAGGCUAUGGGGAGGGAUACACUGACAUUGUAAUAAAAGGAAAGUUUGAGGACAAGAAGUUCCUGGGAUUGUACAUGAAGAAUGAUGAGGUCAUAGCAGCAGUGAGCCUAAACUACGACCCCGCGGUGUCUGCAGUAGCCGAGAGGUUCGCAGCAGGAAAAGUCAUCACGAGGGAAGAGGCUGAAUCAGAUGACCUGAGAUGGCUGCAGGUGCCUCGAUCCACACGGUCCGCCCCUCUCAACACGUCAUCUUUAGAAUGUUGAAAUGCAGUCAGAACGUCAUUCAUCUGUCUCUUCGUCACAUCCACUCUCCCAAAGGACAGAGAGUAAGAAGAGCUGGAGUCAAGUGUUUGUACCAGAAGAGAAAUACAAUCCAACAACCCACAGUGAACUUUAUAUUUACAGUGUUAAAGUAUUUGAUAUAAACUGUAUAUGUCAGGUGAGGGGGACUCCACCAUGAAAACAACAGAUACCUCAGAUUGAUGCAGCUUUUAGGACUUAUUUUAUAAUCUUCAUUUUUUUAUUUUCAUCUUGCAUUAUUAUAUCUUUAGUUUUUAUUUUAUUUCAUGAUCUUCGAGAGGAUUUCAGUGACAGUCCUGAGACAUCAUAUUCAAGAUGCCUUACUAAGUGUUCACUUAUCAUAUAAAUCUAUAAAAUGUAUUAUCGAUAAAAAGCCUUUUACUUGGCUGCUGGAUAAACACAAGUGGCCUUAACAGAGCAGUGUACGUGGUCCGGUCAGUGAGUCUGAGGGGGGGAUUAUGAGAACAGAGGGCGAGUGCCCGUCUCUUUGAAGCAGAGAUGCUGAAAUAAGCAACGGUAACAAAACACACCGAGAGAGAACAAAAGGCAUUCUACAGACAUAACACAAAUGCAGUGUGACAAAACCUUCACAAAAGAAAUGCUGCGUUUUUCCCUCUUUCCCUCUUUCCCUCUUUGUCUCUGUCUCUCUGCUGGUUUAUCACUGCCUUUACUUCAAACCUCCACAUUUACUUUUACAUUACCUUUCACUUCCUGUUUACAGUGUGCAUCAGUUAACUGUCUACAGGGUUCAACCAACAGUUGUAGACAAUAGGUCAUAUUGUGUCCUUAUGUUUUAUGUAAAAGAUUUGAAACUUUAAGGUUUAAGGUAACCCUAACAGAAUGCAUUUGCAGAGUUAUACUGUAUAAGUAACAAUUAUACUGUAUGAGUAGCAACUCAAAUGUUAAUUCAUUUACCAGCAAAAUAUUUAAGCCUUAUUUUGCAUCCAAACACAUUUUAAAUAAGUAAUGCAGCAUAUUAAGAAUCAUUGAGGAAAGAAACAUAUCUGCUUUGUUCUCUUAAGUAAACGACCUCUUCCUGCUGAAUACAAGGAAGGCAUCUCAAUUCUCAAAUUUCCCCGACUCCUAUCCUCGUGUCUUAGUCCCGCCAGCAGGAGAUGCGAGCAGAGGAGUCGAGGAGGGGAACCGAGGAGAGAGGA